AUGGCGCAGAGUAACCGUGCACUGGGCAGCCGCCAGCCUGAUGCGUUAGCACCGAAUUCAAACCGCGACUUCUGGGACAGUAGCAAAAUGCAUUUUCGUCUCACGAACAAGGAACUUGGUGUCACGCCCACGAGUAAGGUCGUUCUUGGACUGUCGAUCGGGAAUGGCAGCCUUGUCGCUGUCAAGAUUGUCAAGUUUGCCCCAAUGAACUUGAGUGCAAUGAGUCGGCGGAGGCGCGUGCGAGAUGGGUACUUGGUGGCAAGCAGCCUUGACACCAUCUUAGCCGAGGUGAAGACUAUGUCUGCAUUGCGGAGCACCAAGAUUGUCGGAUAUGUUACGGCAGCUGUUUUCGACGAGCGCCACGAACUGUUUUUGGUGAUGGAGUACGUCAGUGGGGGAAGCCUGCAUCACAUUGCUCGAAGCCAUCAGGACUCGCGAGUGCCCCUGUGGCUGGCGCGGAGAUAUUUGCGCGAGGUUCUUGAGAGUCUCAAGUACCUUCACACCAAAGGGGUUGUCCAUUGCGAUAUCAAACCGCAAAACGUACUGGUACCUGACGUCGGCCCAUGCAAGUUGUCCGAUUUUGGCAUUUCGAGAACCAUCUCUGAAGUGAGCCCUUCAAAGUGGCCAAACAACGGGACGCCCAUGUACAUGGCUCCUGAAGCGUUCAGGGCGACCUUACACAAAAAUCAGAUGUUUACAGUUUCGGUGUUAUGCUCGGAGAGGUGA